GCUCUCUCAGCAUUCCUGCACCCAGGCCUGUGCUUGCAGCUCCCAGGAAGUCUGGAGCCAGAGGGAAUGAGCCCUAGGAACCGUGGACCUCCUCAGGAGGUUGUGACAUUCAAGGACGUGGCUGUGGACUUCACCCAGGAGGAGUGGGAGCUCUUGGACCCCUCUCAGAAGGAGCUGUACAAGGAGGUCAUGGUGGAGAAUGCCUGGAACUUGCUCUCCCUGGGUAAGAGCACUUCCCCUGAUAAUUACAAGUCUACAAGAAAAGGGAAUACCCUCUUUGCCCAGUGUGAAGGACUUGGGGUGGGAGAAGAGAAGGGGAAGGUCUGGUCUUGUAUGGUAUGAAAGGAUCUGGGGAUUUUCUUUGUUGUUUCUGAAUCUCUUUCUUACCCAUUUCCUGGUCAAAGAUUAAAUUAAGGGAAGCAUCUCAAACAUGGAACUAAUCUUAGGGGUUAGCCCCUACCUGGACAUGAAUUUUGUC